AUGGCUACCGCCCGUCGAGUGCCGUUGGUACUUUUCCGCCGGAUCAAUUCCCCGGCAUUACUAUCCAGCGGCAGCAGGCGCUCGCCACCACACCUCCUCCGGCAGAGACCCACGCCAAUAACACCGAUGGCAACAGCCAUAAAAACACUCCAAUCCCUCCGCCACUUCUCCUCCACCCCGCAAUUCCAGAAUGAAUCGCUCCUACACGCGGAGCGGGAAUCCGACCAAGUCGACGUGGUAAUAGUCGGCGGUGGCCCCGCCGGCCUCUCCGCCGCGAUCCGGCUAAAGCAGCUGGCGAACGCCUCCAACAAUGCUGACUUCCGCGUCCUGCUGCUGGAGAAGGCCGGUGAUAUGGGAGCGCAUAUACUCUCCGGCGCUGUGAUGGAGCCGUCUGCGAUCAACGAGCUCCUGCCGGACUGGAAUUCCCCCGACAAUCCCUCCAGGUUUGAGGGCGCCACCCCCGUCACGAGCGACCGGAUGAGAUUCUUGACCAAGAAUAGGGCCAUACCGAUGCCCGCGCCGCCACAGAUGAACAAUCAUGGGAAUUUCAUCUUGUCGUUGAACGAGAUGGUCAAGUGGCUGGCCGAGCGCGCGGAGGAGGUUGGCGUGGAGGUUUAUCCGGGGUUCGCCGCAUCGGAGGUGCUGUAUGGGCCCGACGGUGGGGUCAUGGGCGUUGCGACGAACGAUCUGGGUGUUGGGAGGGAUGGGAAGCCGAAGGCUUCGUUCGAGCGGGGGAUGGAGUUUCAUGCUAGGUGCACUCUGUUUGCGGAGGGGUGCCAUGGGAGCUUGACGAAACAGGUUAUCAAGAAAUUCGAUCUGCGUCGAGACUCGCAGAUGCAGACGUACGGGCUUGGGCUGAAAGAGGUUUGGGAGAUCAAGCCGGAGAAUUUCGUCAAGGGCCAGGUCAGUCAUACCCUCGGCUGGCCGCUGCCCAAUAAUACCUAUGGCGGGUCGUGGAUGUACCAUUUUAGCGAGAACAAAGUUAGUCUGGGGUUGGUCGUUGGUCUCGUGGGUUCCCCCUCUCAACUGAACCCCCGAUUUCGAUCAUUUCCGUUCUCACAAAGUUGUGAAUAGGACUACCCGAACCCUUACCUCUCCCCCUACUCCGAAUUCCAACGCAUGAAACACCAUCCCUUCUUCUCCUCCGUUCUCGCCGACGGCAAGUGCAUCUCGUACGGCGCCCGGGCACUGAACGAAGGCGGCUUCCAAUCCAUCCCGAAAGUAUCCUUCCCGGGCGGAGCGCUGAUCGGGGACACCGCGGGCUUCCUCAACGUGCCCAAGAUUAAAGGGACCCACACAUCAAUGAAGUCCGGAAUGCUAGCCGCGGACGCAGCCUACACCGCGUUGACGGAGAAUACAUCUGGCACAGUGAUGCUAUACGCAUACGAAGACGCCCUGCGCGCGAGCACGGUCUGGAAAGAACUAAAGCAAGUCCGAAACAUGCGCCCGAGCUUCCACAACCCGCUAGGCCUCAUCGGCGGAAUCCUGUAUUCCGGUCUCGAAGCCUACGUACUGAAAGGCCGCGUCCCAUGGACACUCAAGCACCCGACCCCCGACCACGCCGCUACGCUACCCACUUCUCACCCCUCCGUGCGGAAAAUCUCGUACCCAAAGCCCGACGGCGUCCUCUCGUUCGAUAUCCUGACCAGUGUCUCCCGCACCGGCACCAAUCAUGAAGAGGACCAACCCGUGCACCUCCGCGUCAAGGAUUGGCGAGCCCACGCGCGCAAGGAGUUUCCGAGGUUUGAUGGCUUGGAGAAUAGGUUCUGUCCCGCUGGCGUUUACGAGUAUGUUGAGGAGGAGGGAGGGAAGAGUGAUGGGUUGGGAGUCAGGUUUCAAAUUAAUGCGCAGAAUUGCAUUCACUGUAAGACUUGCGAUAUCAAGGCGCCCAGUCAGGAUAUAGAGUGGUCGACACCGCAGGGAGGGGAGGGGCCGAAGUAUUAUCUAACCUAGUUGGAUGAGGCGGGGAUGAGUGAUGAGGGGCGGUUGGGAGCCUUUGAUGGGGUUUAUCUUCCCUCUUUAUUUUUUUUUCUGCCGCAGGGAGGAAAAGGUUGUAGUAUAGUUGGGUUUAAGCUGGCGUGAAUACAUAUCAUCCCAUACGAGCUAUG